GCCGUGCCGCGCCCGCCCCGCAGCGAGUGCCGCCUGCUCGCUCGGCCGUGCCCGGCCGGACGCCGCCCGUCCCGGCUCCCGCGCGGGGGUCCGCGCCGACGCGGAGAUGAGUGCGGCGGCGCCCGCGCCCGAGCGGGGCUGGAAGAGCGAGAAAGUGGACGAGGCGCAGGCCCUGGCGCGGAGUUGCGCGGCCCGCAGACCCGACUUCCAGCCGUGCGACGGGCUGUCCAUCUGUGCCACGCACAGCCAUGGCAAGUGCUUCAAGCUGCACUGGUGCUGUCACCUAGGAUGGUGUCACUGCAAGUACGUGUACCAGCCCAUGACCCCGGUGGAGCAGCUCCCGAGCACUGAGAUCCCUGCCCGGCCCCGGGAGCCCCCCAGCACCAUCCAGAUCUCAGUCUCCCUCACCCAGCACUUCCUGAAAUUUGCGUCUGUCUUCCAACCGCCCCUACCCCCUGAUUCCCCCAGGUACUGUAUGAUUUCUGAUCUCUUCAUUGACAACUAUCAGGUCAAAUGCAUCAAUGGGAAGAUGUGUUACGUGCAGAAGCAGCCAGCGCCACACUCCCACAAGACGAGCCCCGAAGAGGUCUCCACACACGAUGCCUUAAUUUCAAAAGAGAGCGACACACCAAAAAUAGAUCCCUGCUCUUCUCCCUCCAGUUCUGAGGACUCUGGGAUCAAUGCGAUCGGGGCUCACUACGUGGAGUCGUGCGACGAGGACACAGAAGGAGCAGAACUGAGUUCUGAGGAAGAUUACAGCCCCGAGAGCAGCUGGGAGCCGGACGAGUGUACCCUCCUGUCCCCGUCACAGUCGGAUCUGGAAGUCAUUGAAACCAUAGAAACCACCGUGUGAGAGGCCGGGCAGGAAGCGCGGCCACAGGGCCCUGGCUGAGAUUUUAUACUUGCGUCUGCUGGAUCCUUUUUCCAAUGCCGUCGGUAUUUUCUACCCCUCUACAACACCCGGAGCAGCUCAGAGGUCUGCUGAUGAGCAUCAUCCUUAGUCCUUUAACUGAGACAUUCUUUUUAUGAUAGUUUCCCUUUUGUAUCUAGACUUCCUUUAUGUAGCAUCUGGUGUCAUGAGUCAUGACCCAGCCUUAAUUUCCCGGGGAUGAAGACGGCAGAGCAGCGCCGAGGAGACCAAGGCGCUGCCGGAACCAUGAUGACGCCAUGUUCCAGGUUGUCAGUCUCCCUCAGAACGGCUUUUGGCAUGGUUCUUGGCAUGCUCACAGACAUCCCUCACCCACAGGACCCAUGGGUACAGCUGAACAGCGUGUGCACUGGGGAAAAUCAUCCAUUCCCUUCCCCCUCUCCGGACCAUCUGUACCGAGAUGGGACCAGAGCUGCCUCGGCUUACACCUGGAGAGGCAGUGGAGGCCAGCAUGGCCUGGCCUGGCCAGCAGUGCCAUGGCACCCUGGGGCUGAGCUGGACUUCCACGGUAGAGAUGACCUCUUCAGCCUCUUGCUGCACCUGGCAUUAGCUGAGCCCAGCCCACCUAUCACAGGGUGCCAUGGAGAGUGAGCCCAUCCCCACUGUGACACAGCCCACAGCCCAGCAGGGGUUGUGCAGGAAGGAGAGAUGGACUUGGCCUGGGCCAGCUAGGAUAGGUGCUGCCUUCAGGCUGGCUUCUUGAAUGGGGGGGGGGGGUGUCACCAACAUUUUCCUGCUUUUCUUAAUUGUUCUCCAAACCUGGAGAUAACUUUAAGAAAGUUACAUAGAUACUCUAUUUAGGAGGCAACCACAUUGAGACAAACAAAAUACACUAAUAGUUUUAGUUAGCAUGGAAAUGCUAAAGACAGAAGUCCUUUAGGGAUUAGGAAUGAAUCUAAUAGGUUUGAUUACUUCUGCUUCAUUUAGUUGUAUGAAGCAUUAGAACGGCUUAAGUGAAAAAUGGGUUAGCAUUCAGUAUGAUGCAUGGAUUUUUUUAUGCAAAUGCAGAAGCAGUUGAAUUAGUUUGCUGCGAAGUCAGGAGAAAAUAUUUUGUGUAAUAUCCAUUCCCUUGACCACGCGGAUCCUCAUGUGUUCUUGUACGUGUUGUCUCACAUGUGCAGAGGAGUCAUUCUCUGGUGUAGCUCCCUGCAGAAUCCUGCUCCUCGUCUCCAUUAACGCCAGAUGUUCUCGUGUGCGUUGGGUGUCUGCCACUUCUGUUGGUGAGGCACAAUUCAGAAUCCAAGAACUUUAACAGCUGGCCUCACGACACGCGGACCAAGGCACAGAACAGUAUUGCUCACAACCCAGGUUUCUGCAAGUGGGCUCUGUGGCAUCACGCCAUCCCUCCGUGUCGCGGUCACCUGCGUGCUUUCAGAGAUGAGAAGAGGCCUGCUGUAUUCCUUUCUGAAGCCUCCACUUGGCAUCCUUCACUCACCGCUCGCAGAAGAACCUGCUAGUCAUGUUUGUGUGUGGAUCAAGUGGUUUAUCAGAACUGUUAGGGUUAGGUGCUCACAUCAUCUGUAGGAUUUAGAAGGUGGCGUGCAUUUUCCUUUGCAAACAGUGGUAGUUAAAACUGUUUAUGCUGGGUGAGAAUGCAGCAUAAAGCUCCCACUUUCUAUGAAACCUAAAGACA